GUUUAGAGCAAUUUGUUGGAAGAAUGCAAGAUUUUCGAUUUUACCCAGUGGCACUUACAAACAGAGACAUUUUGGAAGUAUUCUCUGGAAAAUUUCCUCACCUCCAUACCCAAUCUGAGUGCCGCUGUCCUGGAAGUCAUCCUCGAGUGCACCCAUUGAUACAGAGGUACUGCAUCCCUAAUGGUGCAGAUGAUACCACUAAUGACAGAGUACUGAGGUUGGAUGCAGAUGCCCAUCCUCUGUAUUACAUCAAUGAUGAUGACAUUGGGACCACCUGGAUUUCAUCUGUGUUUGCUAAUACUGCAGAUCUGGAUCAUGGUGUUUCUAUCACAAUAGAUCUACAAAAUGGACAGUAUCAGGUAUUCUAUAUUAUACUGCAGUUCUUUAGCCCACACCCUGAAGCAAUAAGAAUUGAAAGGAAAAAAAGAGAUGAUCUGAACUGGGAAGACUGGCAGUAUUUUGCUAAAAAUUGCAGUGUUUUUGGAAUGGAUAACAAUGGAUCUUUGGAGGAACCAGACUCUGUCAACUGUCUCCAGCUUCCUAGCUUUACACCAUAUUCUCGUGGUAAUCUAACUUUUAGUGUUCUUACCCCGGAACCAAAUCAUCGACCUGGUUACAAUGAUUUUUACAAUACUCCACCUCUCCAAGAGUUUGUAAAAGCUACACAAGUGAGGAUUCAUCUCCAUGGCCAAUAUCAUACUAAUGAGUCUUGGGUAAAUUUUAGGCAUAGAUACUACGGAGUUAAUGAAGUUACAGUCAGCGGAAGGUGUAAUUGCCAUGGUCAUGCUGAUAAUUGCGACACAGCUAUGGAACCGUAUAGGUGCCUGUGCGUCAAGGAAAGCUAUACAGAAGGAAAUAAUUGCGAUCGUUGUUUGCCAUUGUACAAUGACAAGCCUUUUCGUCCAGGUGACCAAGUUGAUGCCUAUAAUUGCAAACCUUGUCAAUGUUAUGGCCAUUCAGUAAGCUGCCACUAUGACUUAGCGAUGGACCCUGUUCCUCAGGAACACUACAGCGGCAGCGGUGGAGUGUGUGAUAACUGUCAACACAACACAACUGGAAGGAACUGUGAGCUGUGCAAGGAUUUCCAUUACAGACAAGCAGGUGCAGAUCUUUCAGCCAUCGAUGUCUGCAAACCCUGUGACUGUUAUGCAACAGGCACCAAAAAUAACAGCCUCUUGUGUGACAAUAUUGGAGGCCAGUGUAAUUGUAAGAGACAUGUGUCUGGCAGACAAUGCAAUCAGUGCCAGGAAGGAUUCUACAAUCUACAACAGUCAAACCCUGAUGGCUGCAGUCCUUGUAACUGUAAUACCUCUGGGACAGUCAAUGGAGAUAUUACCUGUCACCAAAAUUCAGGCCAGUGCAAGUGCAAAGCAAAUGUUAUUGGUCUUAGGUGUGAUAGUUGCAAUUUUGGAUUUAAAGCUCUCAGAUAUUCUAAUGAAGUUGGAUGUGAGCCUUGUUGGUGCAACAGCCAUGGCUCAGUGAACCAAUUCUGCAACCCUCUCUCUGGGCAGUGCAAUUGUAAAGAACGAGUGAAAGGACUUCACUGUGACACCUGCGUGGACAACUUUUAUGGGCUGGAUGUAACUGAUUGUAAGGCCUGUGAAUGUAACGUUGCAGGGUCAUUUUCUGGAACUGUGUGCAAUGCGAAGACAGGGCAGUGUGCAUGUAAACCAAAUAUUGGAGGAAGACAAUGCGACGAAUGCCUAUAUGGCUACCACAAAGUACAGGAGAAUAAUUCCUUUGUUUGUCUGCCAUGUAAUUGUGAUAAGGCAGGUACAGUAAAUGGCUCUCUCCUUUGUGACAAAUCAACAGGACAGUGUCCUUGCAAAGCUGGUGUAACUGGCCUUCAGUGCAGUCAGUGCAUGCUUCAUACAUACAACCUCAGUGUGAGCAACCUCCUCGGCUGCCAGCCUUGUGACUGUGAUGCUCUGGGCACGUUGACAGGAACAGUUUGUGACCAGGUUUCUGGACAGUGUGUCUGUUCACCUCAGCAUCAGGGGAGAAGGUGUAAUGAGUGUAAACCAGGCUUUUAUAUUUCUCCAUCCAGUGUCACUGGCUGUCUGCCAUGCCUGUGCCACACAGCUGGUUCAGUGAAUCAGAUCUGUGAUAAACUAACUGGACAGUGUAUUUGCCAAGAUGCUUCUGUAACUGGACAGACGUGUGAACAUUGCAAAGAAUUUUAUUUUGGAUUUGACUCUGUCACAGGGAGAUGUCAGCACUGUAAUUGUCAUCCUGCAGGAGCUGUUAGUGGGACUUGUCAUCUUGUUACUGGACAGUGUGUUUGUAAACAAUUUGUAACUGGCUUGAAAUGUGACAACUGUGUUCCUGAUGCUAGUAAUUUGGAUGUCCACAACCUAUUUGGCUGCAGUAAAACUCCAUUCCAACAACCUCCCCCAACAGGAGAAGUUCUCAAUUCCUCUGUUAUCAGUCUUUCAUGGAGUUCCCCUGACUCUCCAAAUUCUAACAGGCUUACUUACCAGCUAUAUAGGGAUGAGGCUGAAAUUUAUACAACUGAAGAUGACUACCCUUAUAGUGUUCAGACCUUCACUGAUACCAUGUUAUCUCCAUAUACCUUCUAUUCAUAUUACGUCCAAGCCAGCAAUGUUCAUGGGUUUACAAGAAGUGCCUCAGUGACAUACAGAACAAAAUCUGGGACGCCUACAGGAAACUUGGAUUUAAAUCCCGUAUUUCCUGUUAGUCACCACUCUGUUUUACUUUACUGGACAAGCCUCUCCAAUGACUCUGGGCCCGUAGAGAAAUACAUUUUGACAUGUACUAGCUUGAUUGAUCUUCAGCCUUGUGGUCAGUAUGAAGGCUUAAAAACUUCAGCAAUUUUUUUGAAUCUCAUUCCAUUUACAAAGUAUGUUUUUUCUGUGCAAGCUUGUACUAGCGGAGGCUGCUUAAAGAGCCAGCCAGUAACAGUAGUUACUGCACAAGCUCCUCCAGAAGGGCUACACCCACCAAUGAUAGAAACAAUCAGCUCUACAGAACUGGCUGCAGAAUGGUCACCGCCUGAGAAACCAAAUG